AUGGAAACUGGGACACACAACGAAUCUAACAUUGAGGAGCACGUUGAAGCAUUUUUCGUGAACCACUCACCAUUCACGAUCGAGGGGAAAAGGGCGUACGGCUUGUUGUGUUUUGGGAGAUUCAGCGCGGUCUUGGAGUACAAGACUCGGGUAACAGAGCGUACGAAGCAGAGUGAACUGCUAUUGGCGCAGGGUUGUGGUAUAUUUGCCACUGUGGAGCUGCAAGCAAGUGGUUUCGGGUCGCUUUUUAAGCAAAUGAUUCCUGACCCAAGUCACAGAAGCCAAAUCCUCCACAACAUAGUUUGCGGUGGCGUGGAAGACGGCUUCCUGAUCUAUGCAUCGCAAACAGAAAUUAUUCGUGUUGUUCACGUACGGGUUGGUGUGGAUGUGACGACCACGUACCGCGCUGCUCUUACCGUUAUUCGGGACGCUCACUUGAAGUGGGUAUACGAGGAGAAUAACCUGCAACUUUGGAGAGCCCUCGUUAGAAUUAUUGAUGAUCUCUGCCGCCCGCUACCACCUGCGAAGCACAUUCUACCUUCACUUGUGGGGUUCUGGAACAGAAUUAAAGGUGGCAUCGAUGUUUAUUCCCGGCACUUGACGAAUGUGUAG